AUGCGAGUUGAUACUGUGCCACGAUGUCUGGCCGAUACAAUCCCCCCAACGCGUUUACGCUCCCGCCGGAGACUCGUUAAAAGUGGAGUGGGUUUAGACAGAGGCGUCUGGCGGGGAUUUGAGGGAGGUUUUCACGAAAGCUAUGAGCUCAAAGGGUGA